UUGACAAGUCAGUUUCGCAAUAUUUUCUCGUACUAGGCAGAGGUUCUAAAUUUUUUUUUUAUAUAUGCAACUCGCGUGUGGUUUUACCGCGUAUUUACACAGCAGUGUAGGCUUAUGCUGAGUUAUUAGCAUUCAAACGUUUUGGUGCUGCUUAUUAAUCUUUCAUAGUAUUAUAUGUCUAAAUAUUUUCUCUUUUACGCCGGUUGUGGGCGUUUAAAUUAAUAUGGCUCCUCGACUGAAAAUUAUGCUUCUUCCAGUUUUUACUUUUAUUUCAUUCUUAGCGAACACUGUUUUUGGAAAUGUUCCGUAUGAUAUAAGAUUAGACGAAAAUGCUAAAAGGAUUCAUCAAAUCGAUUGUUUGAAUAUUCUAGUUUACGUUAUAUUACUAAUUCUCACUGUUUGUACCAUCUGGUUUUUCAAACGUCGUCGAGCUAGGUUUUUGCAUGAAACUGGUUUAGCAAUUUUGUAUGGUUUAGUUGUUGGUGCCAUUAUUCGUUAUGGUGGACAAGACUAUGAAGUUGGCCAUAUUCGAGUUGUUCCAGGUAGAGGUUAUGGAAGAAAUCUGACCAUUCCACCAGAUAACUUAUUCUUUUCUAUGGAAGUAGCUAAGCAGACUUCUGUUGAAGCAAUGGCUAGAAUAAAUAAGACCUAUGCAUAUUCAUUUCGUGGAGAAAUUACUGAUGUGGAAAAUAAGAAACUUGACCAAAAAGCUACUUUUGAUCCAGAAAUUUUUUUCAACAUCAUUCUACCUCCUAUUAUAUUUAAUGCUGGGUACAGUUUGAAGCGUAAAUUUUUCUUCAGAAAUUUGGGUACCAUCUUUACAUAUGCUUUUCUUGGAACAACAAUAUCAUGUUUUGCAGUUGGGGGUGUUAUGUUUGCUCUCUUACAACUCAUGCCUCAUUUAGAAUUUUCUUUCAAUGAUUGUUUGUAUUUUGGAGCUGUGAUUUCUGCCACUGAUCCAGUUACUAUACUAGCCAUCUUCCAUGACCUGCAUGUUGAUGUCAAUUUGUAUGCUUUAGUAUUUGGAGAGAGUAUAUUAAAUGAUGCCAUUGCUAUAGUAUUAGCUGGAUCAAUAGGUAACUAUGCUGAGAUGUAUGGUAAAGGAGAAGAUGGAUUUCAGUCUUCAGCUGCAUUUCAGUCUGUAGGAAACUUUUUAUAUAUUUUUAUUUGUUCCUUUUUAAUUGGGUCUGGAACUGGAUGUUUGACUGCUGCAUUAACCAAAUUUACCCGUCUUUGUGAUUUUCCUCUUCUGGAGUCCAGUCUAUUUGUGCUCAUGUCAUAUAGCACUUUUCUAAUGGCAGAAGCAGCUGAUCUCACAGGUAUCGUUGCUGUAUUAUUUUGUGGCAUUUGUCAAGCUCAUUACACUUAUAAUAACUUGACUUUAGAAUCAAGAGCAAGAACAAAACAAUUAUUUGAAUUGUUGAGUUUCGUAGCCGAAAAUUUCAUUUUUUGUUACAUUGGAGUAAGCAUGUUUACCUAUCAAAAGCAUUACUGGCAUGUUGGAUUCAUAAUAACAGCCUUUAUUGCUAUUGCUGUUGGUAGAGCUUUAAAUAUUUAUCCAUUAUCAUUGCUUCUGAAUUUAGGUCGGCACAAUAAAAUACCUUUGAGCUUUCAGCAUGUACUCUUUUUUUCAGGUUUGAGAGGUGCAAUGGCUUUUGCAUUAGCCAUUCGUAAUACAUUGUCUGAUCAGAGACAUCUUAUGUUGACAACCACAUCAGUUAUAGCAAUCGUAACUGUUAUUGUAUGUGGAGGUCUUUCAACACAGCUGUUGGCAUGGUUAGGUAUUCCAGUUGGUGUUGAAGAAGAUCAUGAAAUGCUACAGUUUGGAAGUUUAAGAACGAUGUAUAAUACAAUAGAAACAGACACGACAUCCCAAGUAACAACACCGACAGAUCUGAGGAGUCCUCCUGCACCCCAAGUGAUUAAGACGCCUUAUGAGAAAGCUUGGCUGGUAAAGAAGUGGUACAACUUUGAUAUGCGUUAUAUGAAACCGCUGUUAACGCAUAGUCGUCCAACUCUUAUGGAAACUUUGCCCUCUUUUUGCCAUUCUGUUGCUAGAGUUCUUACCAGCACACAACAACUUUCUAAUGAAGAAAAUAUAAAAGGUGAUGAUGAGGAUUCAGAUGCAGAUCUUUGCUUAGAUGAAAAUGUUCCAUAUGGAGACCGUUCUAAUGGACAUCCGGGUGUAUCAACGGUUGAACUGGAAUUUCCAUAGUGUGCUCAUCUAAAGAACUUGGGUACCCCCAAAAUAGAGGGAGAGCUUGGACUUGCUGGGCGACUUACAGAAUUUCCGAACUCCAGAGUUCGAAUCCCUGGACCAUCUGGAGAUUUUGUAUGAUCCAUAAUAAUAAUUUAUCUGUGUACUUUUCUCAGAGCCCUCUCUGAUGAUUUGUGUGUCUUCAAUUCACGCUCCAUUUACUGAGACAAUUAUAUGUGAAACAGUGGUUUUUGCACAUGGGUCAUUAGCACUUUGAUCAACCAAAAUAUUUAUGUUUAGAUUAUAUGUAAUCCUAAGUAUAAUUUUCUGAAAAAAUAAGAGUUUUCAUUUUUAUUCAUUGGGGGGGGGGCUAUAAAACUUGUAGUUCAAUUUCAUAAAAGAGUAUGUUAUAAACAUUUCUGAUUAUUUGCUCUAGUAAAAUUAGAAAUAUCAAAAAUCUUUUUCUCAGAGUGUUAUAUGUUUUCUAUGUCUGUUACGUAAAUUUUUUAUAAAAACUUUUGUGUUGUUCUUUGUAUUAAAUUAAUUGUUUGUCUAGAUUUGAGACCAAAUUAUGCAGCUUAUUAUAAAGGCUGUAAAAUAAUUCCAUUUGCAGUAAAUAGUUUUGAUUCAUUAGCUAUGUCACAUUACAUUUUUUAAGGAAGAAUUUUCUAUAGUUUCUCACUUCCAUCUACUGUUGCAUAAUAAUUCACAUCAUACUGUAAUUUAAUGCCUUGGAGUUUGAACUGUAAAUGUUUUGCAUUCUUUUAUCACAUUCUUAUAGUCAUGAUGAAAGUUAAAAAUGGAGAAAAACAAGGCUGUCGUCCUACUUAUUUUUUGAUUGCUGUGAUAAUAACUCUUACACAAAAGGCCAUUUUUUUACUUGUCUAAAGUACUAAUUUUAUAUAAUUUUUGUAUCCAAAAGCAAUUGCGUAUUUCAGCACUGUUUUACAAAAUUCAGUAAUCUAAUAUUUGUGACAGCAGCCUUGUUAUAUUUAUGGCCUGUGUGUGUCUAUUACAAAAAUGUUAUUUGAAAUCAUUGAUUGCUUUUUGUAGUGUGAGGUGCAGAUGCUUGUUUGAUGAGAAUGGAUGUAUGUUGCAAAACUUAUUUAUAUCUGGUAUGGACUUAAAACCAGACACUUAUGAGAUAUUUAUUAUAGAAAUAUGGUGAUACUUAUUAGAAUUAUGCAUCCUUAAAAUAUUUAUUGAAUUUAUAGGUUAUGUUUUCUGCAUUAAUUUAAUUAAGAAAUUCAAGCAUGUAUGCCUUCAUUUAAAGGGGGUAUCUGGCAUAUGCAAAUAGUGUCAUGUAGCUCAAAAUAUAUUAUUUUUGAUUUAACUUAUUCUUUACAAUUUAAUUAUAUAAUUUUAGAUUUUUUUCAUUGGAGUUAUUUACAACAUAAAAACUGUAAUCUCAGGGUCAGAUGUAUAUUUAAUUCUCUUUAAAUGUUACAUGACUUUCUUAGUUUAUAUGUAUGUAACUUGCUCUUGUAGAGUCAAAGCUUCUGUGCUGCUAAAAUAAUUGUUUUGUUUAAAGCUCUACUUAGUGGAUAAAUCCAUUUAUUAAUUAAUGUUAUUAUCGAAAUUAAAUAUAAAAGCAGAAGCAAAUAGCAUUGUAUCUGCAAUUUAUUGAGUGCCAAAACUUUGAGAGAAUGCAGUGUUUGCAAAAAUGAAGAGCAAAGAAGCACACUUAAAAAGAAAGAACUAUUCUAAGAACUAAGAAAGAACUUUUAAAAAUUAAUACACAAAUUUCGUUUAUAAAUGAAGGAUUGCUGAAAUAUGAUGUUAAUAUUCAAUAUUUGAAAAAGUUCAUAAUUCUGCCUUUCAGUUUUACAUUAAUAUAUUUUGAUAUUUCAGAUACUUUUGUUUAAUGUUAAGCUUAAAAUUUGUUCUUUUAAACUGUGAAAAUUGGAUGAUAAAAGAAAUUUUAGAAAUUUCUGUUUUAGACAUUUGAUGUUUUAAUGUUAUUUAUCUCUUUUCAUUUGUCAGCGAUCCCCCAGUUUUAAUCUCUGUUUUAGAUUUUCGUGUUGAAGUGAUGUUUUUUACCCCAUAUCAUAUUUCCUUAUUAACCUCCAAACAUGUUAACAUUUUGGCAGAGUAGGCCAUUAAAUUCAGACUUUGUUAUUUAUUUUCUCUGUGGUGUAUAAAUAUGUAUAUAGAUAUGUAUGUAUGUAUGUAUGUAUGUAUGUAUGUAUGUAUAAGAAAAAUAAUUCAUUUGAAUUUAGCAGUAUUAAUUCAAAUGAGAGAAAUGAUUAAAAUAUCCAAAGAUUAUAUCUGUAGUUAAUUAGAUGGGCCAUCUGGUUUGUACUCUAGUCAUUGUUUAGAAAAAGGUUUGCACCUUGCACUGCAAGCCACAAAGAUGUAACUGCUCACCUUAAGAAACCAUAAAGAUUUUUCAUUUUGUGUUUAUAA